AUGGAUGCUUACAAAGAAGCUCAACUUACAGGAGAGUUCACAUGUCAGCUGUGUGGUUUAACAGCUCCAUACACCUACUAUGGGCAGAAGCCACCAAAUACACGCUCUAUUGUGCUUUUGGAAGAAAGCUAUGUCAUGAAGGAUCCUUUCACCCCUGACAAGGACAAAUUCCUCAUCCUUGGGUCUCAUUGCAGUUUGUGUAGGAGAUCAGUGUGUGUUGGUACAGAAUGUAGUCUGUUCUACUCCAAAAGGUUCUGUCUCCCCUGUGUGACUGAAAACCUAAAGGCCUUUCCAUUGGAAAUACAAGAAGAUAUGGAUAAAAGGAAGCCCCAACAAAAAUCUGUCCCCUGUAAAAAAACGGACACAAGAACAUAA